GUGUCUCAGAACCAUAUGCAGUACUUCGGUAGGUAUAAACAAAUUAGAUUUCCCAAUCUGACACUUACUUUACCGAUGAUAUAAAUAUUAUGACAAAGCAAAAGUUUGAAAAAGUAAACUUACUAAUUGUUAAAAAUAUUUAUUAAAAUACAGUAAGACUUGUUCAUAUGAUCUUAUUUGAUUAUAAAUUAAACAAUCAGCGAAGAUGAACAAUCGUGAUUACUGCUUUACUUUGCUGGUGGGUUUGUCAAUGGCGAUUAUCCCAACGUAUCAAUAUUCACUAGAAGAUCAUCACAAACUUCUGCUCAUAUCUUUUGAUGGAUUGAGGUGGGAUUAUGUUGACCGAAGACCAGAUCUAGAAAGUUUCAAUAUUUUGAGAGAGGAAGGAGUAAAAGCUGAGUUUUUGGAGCCACCUUUUCCUAGUCAAACAUCUCCGUCUCAUACUACUUUGGCUACAGGUCUUUAUGUAGAGAGUCAUGGGGUUGUUCACAAUGUAUAUUAUGACCGAAACAGUACUGAAGUCGUAACAGGAGAUUUCUAUAGAACUCUCGCCAUAAAUGAAUGGUGGGAUAAUGGAGACGAACCUAUAUGGAUAACUGCCAGCUCACAGGGUCUAAAGAGUGGAGGUUACUUGUUCCCUGGUAGCAAUGCCACCAUCGGCGGAAGAACAGCAACUCGUUCCAUUUUACAAACUGCUCGCACUUCAAAAGAAGAAUCCGAUUGGCAAGAGAGAAUUGAUGACGUCAUUUCGUGGUUUGUCGAAGACAAUUUUGACUUUAUUGCACUAUAUUUUGAACAGCCCGAUUCAGAUGGACACGACAAAGGCCCAGAUGAUGAUAUUAUUGAAUCUACAACCCUACCAAUUAUCAACCGUACAAUAGGCUAUCUUCUUAGUAAAGUCCAGGAAGCUGGAUUAACUGACGAGCUCAAUAUUAUCAUAGCAAGUGAUCACGGCAUGACAACAGUUGAUAUCGACGUUAGCUUUAAUGACGUCAUUUCAUUGGUGAACUACGUUAACGUCUCAGACAUAUUUUUCAUGUUCCCGUAUGCGGCAUUAGGACUCGUAGAACCGUACCCAAACGAAAGGGAAAAAGUAUACAACCAGCUUACAGGUGCACACCCUCGUUUGAAUACAUUCUAUAAAGAAGAUUUGCCUGAAUAUUUUCAUUAUUCCAACAAUGACAGAAUUACUUCUAUCGUGCUCACAGCGGAUUUAGGUUACACUAUGUAUAGGGUUUUUCCAGGAUUCCACAUUAACAAGGGUGAACAUGGAUAUGAUAGCAAAUUGCCAGAUAUGAGAGCUUCAUUUUUUGCUAUUGGGCCUUCAUUCAAGAAAAACUACAUUGUACCGGGAUUUCAGUCGAUACAUGUUUAUGAACUGAUGUGCCAUUUACUAGGUUUGACUCCCGCACCAAACAAUGGAUCACUCGACGUUCUUUACCCCAUUUUAAGGGACGAGUCGCUGAAAACAACCUCAUUCACGACGACAAACGUGCAGAGUACAACCAGUGGUGCGCAGCGUCCUGGAGCUGUAGUACAUUUUCUGAGUAUUCUAACAUUGGCUUGUUGGUUGAUAAAACAUAAUUAAAAUAUAAAAUUUAAUAAGAUAAAACAUAAUUAUAACAAAAAAGGAAUAUUUUUCAUUUUGAUAUUGUGAAGCAAAGAAGGCGUGAUGCCGAGAUUGUGGUUUAAAGAAGCACAACGUCGUAGUGUCUAAAAAUGUAAUGUUAUAAUUACAUUCAAUCAGUACGCGCUCAUGCUUAUUAAAAAUUUAAAGACAGUGCAAAUAGCACGAUAAAACGCCUUUUUCAUCACUUACCACAAACUUUUUUUAGAGUAAGACCUAUCAUUUUACAAAAGAAGGUUUUGUUUGUGAUAAUUCUUUGUGCCUCUUUCCUUCAUAUUCUAGGA